AUGAAUAAACUUCGAAGCUUUUUGCGAUCUCCGAAGGAGAAGCGUCCAGAAGCUGACGGCCUCGAGACGCAGGUUCGCCAGGCUUCUGCUGCUGUUGCUGCUGCUGCUGCUGCUGCAGCAGCGGCUCAGCACGCAGACGACUCCCCGGCUGCAGCAGCAGCAGCAGCAGCAAAACAGACAGACCCUCCGCCUGAAGCCGCAGCAGCAGCUGACCAGACAGAUAACAUGCCUGCUGCUGCAGACUCCCAUGCAGUAGCCGAUGGAGCAGCAGCAGCACCAGCAGCAGCAGCAGCAGCAGAUGCAUCGUCAAUAGCAGCAGAAGCAGACGGGCGCAGUGAGGCUGAUGGAAAUCAGCGCGAUGGCUCUGCUGCUCCAGUCACGGCUGGUGCUGCUGCUGCAGUGAAGCCAGCAAAUGCUGCUGCUGCAGUGAAGCCAGUACAUGCUGCUGCUGCAGUGAAGCCAGCGAAUGAUGCUGCUGCUGCUGCUGCUGCUGCUGCAGGCCCCUCUUGUUUGCGCAGCGGCUCUUCUGAGGGCCUUGGGGUGUCUCGACAGCUGACGCGGAGUGUGGGGUUUGCGAGACAGGACAGCGCAGUGCAAACAGCAGCAGCAGCAGCAGCAGCAGCAGCUUCGGGGACAGGUCCCACCGCAGCAGCAGCAGCAGCAGCAGCAGCACCAGGAGCAGCAGCGACCGCAGCAGCACCAGCAGCACCAGCAACAGCAGCGUCACAAGACGCAGCAGCAGCAGGAGCUUUGCGCAAAGGGCCGCCCUCGGAAGCAGCUGGGCCUGCAGUAGCAGCAGCGUCAGCAUCAGCAGCCCCUGCAGCAGCACCUGCAGCAGCAGCAGCAGCACCUGCUGCAGCAGCAGCAGCAGCAGGGUCUGCAGACUAUUCAAGGGGGUUUUCUUCUCGGCGUUUGGACUCUCGGUUUUCUGUUGCUGCUGAGAAGCAGUUUAUAACUCGGGGUGUACAGACAGCGUGCCCGUCGAGCUUCGCGAGCAGCAGCAGCAGCAGCAGCAGCAGCAGCAGCAGCAGCUGCCCCCGACACUUCCCCUUUCGCCCCUUUUCCCAUUUGGCCCCUUUUGAAAGAUUUGCAAUUCCAAAAGACAGCUUCACGGACUACUGCGGCAGAGGCAAACUAGUUGGUGGAAGGCUCUCAGUGGGCAGCUGCAGCAGCAGGGAACCAAAGAGUAAAGACAACAAAACAAAUUAA